AUGUCGUAUGAUCUUAAUAUACCAUGGCCUUGUAACAACUACAAUACAACUCCAACUCCAAAACAAUGGACUGACUUGAAAAAUACACUCAUAACCAAUUUAGAACUUGGUAUAACUCAUCAAGCCAUCAACUUCACCAUUGACGAAUCAGUGAAAAUUCCCUUCAAUACCCCCGAAAAAAUUAAUCCUAUACCAAUAACCACUCUUCUCGAUGAACUAAAACCAAAUUUCUCCACAUUGAACUUAUUUACACGUGUUACUUUAAUCGUUAAUGAUUCAUCUAAAUUACAAGGAAUCGCCAAAUUACAAAAUCAUUUUGAUUUAUUUGCUAUACAACCAACAACGGAAAAAGCCUUACAAUUGACAAUCUUAAACAUUGAAUGUGACUUAAUCAGUCUAAACUUAUCUAAUAAACUACCGUUUUUCCUAAAAUUUAAAGCUAUUGGAACUGGCGUUUCCAAAGGAAUCAAAUUUGAAAUCAAUUAUAGUCAAUUAGUAACUGGAUCACUGGGAUUUUCAUCGGAUGUAAGUGUCAAUUUAAUCAAAAAAAACUGGUUUAAUAAUGUAUUACAAUUGAUUAGAAGUUCACGAUCGAGAGGAAUUGUCGUAUCAAGUGGUGCACAAACACCGCUUCAAUUGAGAAAUAGUAAUGAUAUUUUGAUUUUGUUGAAAACACUUGGAUUGAAUUCAAGUAAAGCCAAGAGUUGUAUAACGAUAAAUCCAGAAAAGGCAUUGCUUAAUGCUAGAUUACGAAUCAAAUCUUAUAAACAGGUGAUUAGCAUUGGUGAUCAAGAUUUAAUUGGUAAUGAACAUGAAGAUGGUGAUAAGAAACAUAAUGCAACUGGAUAUAAACGGAAAUUUGAUGAUACCCCUUCUGGCAAAUUGUUGAAAAAGUACAAGACAGACACCACCUAA